AGUGAAAAACUUUGCGAGAUUUAUACAUUUGUUUUAGUUUUAUAAACAAAUAAAAAAGAUUAUAAAGUAAUAGAAAAAAUAUGUAUUACAUUUGAAUGAGGAGUGAGCGUGUUUUUAAGCUUCAAAUUCAAUAUGGUGAAUACUGGUGUUGUUCGUUGCUAUAGUGACGGAGACGCAAGUGGAGGAAGUUCUGCUCAAGGCGGAGGACUCCAUCGCCAGGCAGGCCAUCUAGCUGCGCCGGAACAUCGAGGACAUAGACCGCCAGGAGAGCAGCUACGAACUCUCGGAUACAUCGGUUCAGAUUUAUUGCGGAGUGUCGUGGUGCGCAGAAGAUUCUGCAAGGACUUCACGGACUACAUGAUCUCCCUGGUGACGCAAGCUAUUCGGAAUCGAACGCCCCUGCACGUCCCACUCACCGAGGAAUCUUUGCAGCACAUCCGGUUGUGCGCGGAGUUCCAUGGACGUACCGAGACGCUGGAUGUGCGCGCGAAUAUUUUUUAUCAUUUCAACAUCCCAACGCUAUCAAUUUGGAGAAUCAUGAGCGAUUUCCCUGCUACUAAAUUAUCGAAUUGUGUAAUGCUCUAUCGUGUUCAAAUCGGUAUACUCCAUUUUGAGUAUGUUUGGGUUUUCAAAAAAGGAUCCCUCAAUUGUCCAAGACAGAGCGAUAAUCGGAAAUAAAUUGGCACAAAUGUUUAUCUUUGU